AUGGCCACCAUCACAACCCCCUUGACUGAGCUCUUCGGCAUCAAGCACCCCAUCCUGCUUGCCGGGAUGAACGUCGCUGCAGGCCCUGAGUUGGCUGCCGCUGUAACGAACGCUGGUGGUAUGGGUGUUAUUGGCGGUGUCGGAUACACACCAAAAAUUUUGCGCCAACAGAUCCAGGCCAUUAAGGCCGACUUGAAGGACAAGAACGCGCCAUUUGGCGUUGACUUGCUCCUCCCCCAAGUUGGUGGAAGUGCUCGCAAGACCAACUACGAUUACACGAAGGGCCAGCUUCACCCCCUCAUUGAUGUCAUCAUUGAGGAGAAGGCCAAGCUCUUCGUCUGUGCCAUCGGUGUCCCCCCCAAGGACGUUGUGGACAAACUUCACGCUGCCGGCAUCCCUGUCAUGAACAUGGUUGGACACCCAAAGCAUGUGGCCAAGGCACUCGCCCAAGGUGUUGAUCUCAUUUGCGCUCAAGCUGGUGAAGGCGGAGGCCACACUGGCGAUAUCCCUGCUUCCAUCCUUAUUCCCGCCUGUGUCGAUGCUGUAAAGGGACACAAGUCUCCCCUCACCGGCAAGCCCGUGUAUGUUGUUGGCGCUGGUGCCGUCUACGAUGGACGGGGACUUGCUGCCAAUUUGUCAUGGGGCGCUGAGGCCGUUUGGGUUGGAACCCGCUUUGUUGCCUCAACGGAAGCCGGUGCUCCCAAGAUCCACAAGGACUUGGUUGUCAGCGCCGGUUACGAGGAUGCCGUGACGACUCUCAUUUUCACUGGCCGACCUCUCCGUGUUCGCAAGACCCCUUACGUUGCUGACUGGAAUGAGAACCGCGCGCAAGAGAUCAAGGAACUCACCUCGAAUGGUAUUAUUCCCCACGAGCAUGAGUUGCAGAAGCACCCGGAGAAAUCUGUCGAAGGUCGCUCAUGGCUUAUGGGUCGCGUUGCCGCUAUGAUCCAUGAAGUUCUCCCCGCGAAGCAGAUUGUUGACUCCAUGGUUAAUGAUGCUGCCCAAAUACUCCAAGCGAACGCAUCCAAGGUGCGGGUCGGCCCUAAGCUCUAG